AUGAACAAGAAAAAUAAUAUUAUUCUUAUCUCCAAUUUUAGGAUGCAUCCCAAACACUAUUCUCAUGUAACUAAAGGCUUUAAUGAUACAUAUAUACCCACAUUAAAAAUAUAUAGUAAAAGAGAGAAAAACAAUAUAUUAUAUUUUCUUAUAAAGUUUUUUAUACUCACCCUUUCAAUUUGGAUGUUACAAUGUUCUAAUAAUUGGGAUUCUUGUAAAUCAUGGAAUUAUAAAAAUAAAUUAAAUAACAUAUUAGACUUAGGAUACGGAAGAUUAUUAACAGAAUGUGAUGAUAUAACAAAACAAACGGAAAUUAAAUUAAAAUCCUGUGAACAACAGGAUAUAAUAGAAGCACGUUUGGAAUCAUGGACUGAGCAAAGCCAAAUGGAUAAGAAUGUAGAUGUAGAACAAGGAAAUAAGAUAGAGACAACAGAGAAGAAUAAAAAAGUGAAAGAGGGAAUCUUAGAUAGAUGCAAAAAUAAUUUAAAACUAAUUUCCUUAUUUAUUGCUAUUAUCUUAUUAUUGUCUUCAUUUUCAUUAUUUUUAGCAAAUCAAUAUAUCUAUUUUAAAUAUAUAGAAAUCAUAUCAUUUUUAUUUACCUUAUCUUUUUUAAUAAUUUCAACGCUUUUAACAUGUGAACGAAUUGAAAUAAAGUACAAAAAUAAAUGUUAA